AACCUUCAGGCCAUGAAGACUGCUGAGCAUGCGCAAACCCAGGCAGCGCUGUAAGAAGUACCUCUAGGCCUGGGAGGCAUUGAGAAAAAGGAAGUGGGUCCUGUUCUGGUUCUUGCGACUAAAGUCACCUCCCGAGGCAAAUGACCACUGUCCUGAGAGGACGUGGGUGAGGGGCAGAUCUCUGCCCCUUUGUCCGAAGAGCCAAAAAUGACCAAGUCCCUGACUUCUUUCUCAACUACCAAUGGCAGGAAUCAGUGUCAUUCAAGGACGUAACUGUAGACUUCAGUAGGGAUGAGUGGCAACAAUUAGACCUUGCUCAGAAAAGCCUAUACAGAGAAGUGAUGCUGGAAAACUAUUUCAACUUGAUCUCAGUGGGAUGUCAAGUUCCCAAACCAGAAGUCAUCUUCAGCUUGGAACAAGAAGAGCCAUGUAUGUUGGAUGGUGAGAUCCCCAGUCAGAGCCGUCCAGAUGGGGACAUUGGUUUUGGACCUUUACAACAGAGGAUGUCUGAAGAAGUUUCUUUCCAGUCUGAGAUUAAUAUUAAUCUCUUCACAAGAGAUGACCCAUAUUCCAUUUUAGAAGAAUUGUGGAAAGACGAUGAACACACAAGAAAAUGUGGAGAAAACCAGAACAAACCUUUAAGUCGUGUUGUCUUCAUUAACAAGAAAACACUAGCUAAUGACAGCAUCUUUGAAUAUAAGGACAUUGGGGAAAUAGUUCAUGUAAACACGCACCUGGUUUCCUCAAGAAAAAGACCCCAUAACUGUAACUCGUGUGGAAAGAAUUUGGAGCCUAUCAUAACCUUAUAUAAUAGAAACAAUGCAACAGAAAAUUCUGAUAAGACUAUUGGAGAUGGUGAUAUUUUCACUCAUUUGAAUUCUCAUACAGAAGUGACUGCUUGUGAAUGUAACCAAUGUGGGAAACCUCUGCAUCAUAAGCAAGCUCUCAUUCAACAACAGAAAAUUCAUACUAGAGAGAGCCUCUAUUUGUUUUCUGACUACGUAAAUGUUUUCUCCCCGAAGUCACAUGCCUUUGCACAUGAGAGUAUUUGUGCUGAAGAAAAGCAGCAUGAAUGCCAUGAAUGUGAGGCAGUCUUCACUCAGAAGUCCCAGCUUGAUGGCAGUCAGAGGGUUUAUGCAGGAAUAUGCACUGAAUAUGAGAAGGAUUUUUCCCUCAAGUCAAACCGUCAGAAAACUCCUUAUGAGGGGAAUUACUAUAAAUGCAGUGACUAUGGAAGAGCCUUUAUCCAGAAGUCAGAUCUGUUCAGAUGCCAGAGAAUUCAUUCUGGAGGAAAACCUUAUGAGUACAGUGAAUGUGAGAAAAACCUCCCUCAGAAUUCAAACCUUAAUAUACAUAAAAAAAUUCAUACUGGAGGGAAACACUUUGAAUGUACUGAAUGUGGAAAAGCUUUCACAAGGAAAUCAACACUAAGUAUGCAUCAGAAAAUCCAUACAGGAGAAAAACCCUAUGUAUGUACUGAAUGUGGGAAGGCCUUUAUCCGGAAGUCACAUUUUAUCACACAUGAAAGAAUUCAUACUGGAGAAAAACCCUAUGAAUGCAGUGACUGUGGGAAAUCCUUUAUUAAAAAAUCACAACUCCAUGUGCAUCAGCGAAUUCACACAGGAGAGAAUCCCUUUAUAUGUUCAGAAUGUGGGAAGGUCUUCACUCACAAGACAAAUCUCAUUAUACACCAGAAAAUUCAUACAGGAGAAAGACCCUAUAUAUGUACUGUGUGUGGUAAGGCCUUUACUGACAGGUCAAAUCUCAUUAAGCACCAAAAAAUUCAUACUGGAGAGAAACCUUAUAAAUGCAGCGACUGUGGAAAGUCAUUCACCUGGAAGUCUCGGCUCAGGAUACAUCAGAAGUGUCAUACUGGAGAGAGACAUUAUGAAUGCAGUGAAUGUGGGAAAGCAUUCAUUCAGAAGUCAACACUAAGUAUGCACCAGAGAAUUCAUAGAGGGGAAAAACCAUAUGUUUGCACUGAAUGUGGUAAGGCCUUCUUCCACAAAUCCCAUUUUAUUACACAUGAGAGAAUUCAUACUGGAGAGAAACCCUAUGAAUGCAGUAUUUGUGGGAAAUCCUUCACUAAGAAAUCACAGCUCCACGUACAUCAGCAGAUUCACACAGGAGAGAAACCCUAUAGAUGUGCUGAAUGUGGAAAGGCUUUUACUGACAGAUCAAAUCUCUUUACACACCAGAAAAUUCACACUGGAGAGAAACCUUAUAAAUGUAGUGACUGUGGGAAAGCCUUCACUAGGAAGUCAGGUCUCCAUAUACAUCAGCAAUCCCAUACUGGAGAAAGGCAUUAUGAGUGCAGUGAAUGUGGGAAAGCCUUUGCAAGAAAAUCAACACUAAUUAUGCAUCAGAGAAUUCAUACAGGAGAGAAACCUUAUAUUUGUAAUGAAUGUGGGAAAUCCUUCAUCCAGAAGUCACACUUAAAUAGACACAGGAGAAUUCAUACUGGAGAGAAACCCUAUGAAUGCAGUGACUGUGGCAAGUCUUUCAUUAAGAAAUCACAACUCCAUGAGCAUCAUCGAAUUCACACAGGAGAGAAACCAUAUAUAUGUGCUGAGUGUGGAAAGGCCUUCACCAUCAGAUCAAAUCUUAUUAAACACCAGAAAAUUCAUACUAAACAGAAACCCUAUAAGUGCAGUGACUUGGGGAAAGCCUUAAACUGGAAGCCACAACUCAGUAUGCCUCAGAAAUCUGACACUGGGGAAGUAGAGUGCUCCAUGCCACAAUUAUGGUGUGGGGACUCAGAAGGUGACCAAGGCCAACUUUCUUCUAUCUAGUUAGAAUUAUGAACAUCUGGAUCAUAUAGCUGAUGUGUAGUUACACAUAUGGGGAGACACUUUUGAGAGUGUUUAAGCAAUGUAUAGUGGCCAUCUUUGGUUACUUGAUAUUGGUGUUGUCAAGCUCCUGCAAAUAAUAGUAAAUGUGCAAGGAGAUGAUUGGCAGUCUUUCUUGUUUCACUUUUUGGGCAAACAGUUUUAUAAAUUCAUGGCUGUUGAGUUUUUCAUGUUCUGGGUACCACAACUAUUCAAUAUUGACCCCAAAAAAUUCAUAAUGAGUAGUAUGAUGAGAUAAUUUUACAUUGUCUAAGCAGCCUAAGGACACUGAGAUCAAGGCAAAGGGAGGGCAAUUUAGGUCUAUAAUGAAAGUGAAUCAGCAGUUUUUGUGAAAACACUAAAGACAGAAAGAAAGGACUCUACUUUUUUAAAAAUUUUCUUUGGGAAGUCACCAUUAUUUAUUGUUAUAUCUGUUGGCGUAUGCUGGGGCAGCAGUUAGCCAAGAGGUCUGAAAUUGCUCUUUGCCUAUUUCUCAAAAGUCUAUAUUAUUACCUUAGAACUGGCCCUAUGAUCAUGGAACUUAGAUACAGGGACCCAGGUCUAGAUAGCAGCACUUUAGAUCCUCAGCUUUCACCACAGAAACCUGCACUUUUUUGAUGUUGUUGUUACCAACUCCUGUUUGAAAAAUAGGACAAAUUAAGAAAAUGGAUAUCAAAUCCUAAAAUUUUUUCCCACUAAUUUUGUUAGUACAUUCUCUACAUGUUCGUUACUUGCUAGAUUACCAUGAGACACAAGCAUCUUGAAUUUUAGUUUGUGUCCUUAGAAGAUAAAAUGUAGUUGAACAUUUGGAAGACUUCUCCUUUUAUCUCCUCACAAUCUCUACAAACUAAUCUUAAUUAAUUUUGUUUUUCAAAUUCUCUGUAUUUGAAUAGACUUUUUUGUCUUUUCUUCUAUCAAAUACUGAAAGAACUGUGUUGUAAUUUUACAAAUAAUUAUGAAUUUGUCUCCUUUAGAGCUACUAAUUUUUGCUUUAUAUAUUUUGUCUUUGAUUUUACAUACAAUUUAGAAUUGUUGUAAUCUUGCUGGUUAAUUGACACAUUAUCAUUAUUAGAUGUUUCUUUUUAUCUCUAGUAAUUUUUUGCCUUAAAUGUACUAUGUCAGAUACUAAUAUACAUAUGGAUUAAAAGCUAAUGUAAAUUAGUACUAACAUUUCUGGACAAGGGGAGAAGUUAUAACAUUAUAAUUUCAUUUAUUUGUCUCUCAUAUGGUAUUAAUUUUGUAUAUUUGGAUUCUGUACAUGGUGAACACAGCCAAUCAUUAUUUGAGUCAAUAUCCAUUUAAAUUAACCCACAUAUUUAUCAUUUUAAUUACUUUUUUAUUCCUUCCUGUCCUUUAAGUUUUCCUCUAGAAUUAUUUUGCUUCUUACUGAAGAACACCCUUUAGUAUUUUACUGUGAGUUUGGUGGUGACAAAUUGUUCUUCAUUUGUUGGCAGUGUUUUAUUUUGCCUUCAUUUUUGAAGGAUACUUUUACUGAAUAUAGAAUUCUAAGUUGAAAGUUGUUUUCUAUUAGUAUUUUGAUGAUAUUUUAUUUUGGUUUGUCUUUUAUUGUUUUAUUGAGAAGCUUUAUAUAAUUACCUUUGCAGGCAAUCUGCUUUUCUGUCUCCUUUGAAAUUUAUCUAUUUGUCUUUGUUUUUUAACUGUUGCACAUUGAUAUGCCUAGGUGUAAUUUUUCCAUGUAUUUAUCCUCCUUGGAGUUUAUAAUGUUUUUUAAAUCUGUGGUUUAGUGGUUUUGGGGUGUGUGUGUGCACGUGUGCGUGUAGGUGUGUGCACAUGUGCAUUUGGGGAAAUUCCUAGCUAUUAUCUAUUCAAAUUAUGCAUCUGCCUCAUUCUCCUUCUCUGUUUCUUUUAGGGAUAGCCUUAUUACCCAGUUCUGUUGGCCUGUUUUCUAAUGGUUAUUUUUCUUGAAUUUUGCUGAUGUCCUAUCUCCUCAUAUGGUGAUUUUUAUAUCACUUGCCAGACAAUAUAUAUUAAAAUUUUAGAGGUAAUAAGAUGGUCUGGAUAAUAUCUUCUUCCAGAGAGGAUUUGCCAUAGCUUCUAACAUAGCUUCUUAGGCUAUGAUCACUAGUAAUCCCUGAUUGCCUUUAUCCAGUCAUGUAUUAAGAUUAUUUGAAACUGGGCUUGAGUCUCUGGAAGACUCAUCUUAUUUUAUUAUAUGUUCAGAAUGUGAACAUCUAAACCUUAUUUCUAGGAUACUUUUAGGACUUAGGAGUUUAGGAAGUACAUCAGGCCCCUCCUCUUUGGAAAGACUUGAAUUCUAGUAUUUCUCCUUCGGUCACUUGAAUUUGUCAAAAAUUCUCUCCAGCCUCUCUUGCCCAGUAUUUGCUGUCAGAAUUAGCAAAUAUCUCUUAGUAAUAAACAGUUUCAGACAUUAUGUCCCAAA